AUGGAUCUGUCUCCAUUCAAGUUGGAUAUUGAUGAGCUUAUAAAUGAGUUUGUUGAGGGUGAGUUUACAACUUUGGCUGAUAUGAAAAGAGUAUGGCUUUCAAGGAAGUUUACCUACAUCUUUGAGGCUAGCCCUCCUACCAACUUGGCCUUCUUUAUGCAGUCGUUGUAUGCACACACAAUUGGUCACAUGCUUAACACUUCUUCUUUAUCACAAAGGCUAGGUGGCCUGUAUUGCCUUUACUGUCUUUAUGAGACUCAGCCAUUCAAGCCUCCUUUCAAAAUCUAUCUCUCUCUUGGGGAGCUGAAGAAACUCAAGAACCUUGUUAUAGAUGCAAAAGAACAUGGCAUAAAAGUAGUACCUGCUUUGGUCAAAAGGAUGCUAGAAAAGAACACGUUUCUCUUUGGAUUUGUGGACUUAAAUGAAAGCUCUGUCAAUGAGACAGUGAAGCAACUCACGGAGUUGCAGGAUGCCCGUGUGCAAGUUGCAUAUAAUAAGUUAUUUGAUGAUACUCGGAUUGAGCAGUUCCUCCAUAUGGACAUGGGUAUGGAAUUUGAUUUAGAUAUCCUCAAGAAAAUGUCAACAGAAUAUGUGGGGGCCAAGAAACAUGCCAUCAGAGAGGCAAGCGAAGUAGUAGAUGUCCAAAACAUACAGCAUAUAUCAGAUGAUAGGGAAUCUAUUGGAGAUGAAGUUGAGAGGAUCACAGAAAACUGGAAUGUCCAAAGGCAAGUGUUUUAUCAACAAACAGGACUGAAUCAACGUCAUGCUCAAAAGGAGCAGCAACAGCAACAACUGCAGUGCAAAAGCCACGAACAGCAAGAUGAUGAUGUUGGUGAUGAAUUUAGUCAUGUACUGGAACUGCAACUGAUUGAAGAAGAACAGCAACAACAAAAACAAGAGGAUGAUGAAUCUGAUCGUGAAUAG